UCUUGCUACUCCUGCCUAAUUUUCUGAAUCUGCUACGCUGAGUGUGUGAGCUCCGUGGAACUUCACUCCGUACAUCAACCUUCUAGUUAUUCCCGUAAUCAACUUCAGACAGGCGGCGCGAUUUGUCGACAUAGACAUUUUUGCAGCUCGAUGUAGUAUCACCAGGACCAGUUCCUAGUUGCGUAGUUCUCUGUCAGGCUUUCCCGCCGUCCAGUUUCGCCCGUGUACCGCAGGCACUACCUUGUCCAAUCAGAACGAGGCACGUGGUUUGCCGAAGCCAGCUGUAUAGAGGCGUGAACCUCAGUCCAGCUAUGGAUAGAAAUAGACGGCCUUCGAGAUCAUCGCAGCCCAGAGUGCUCUUCUCGCUCUGCGUCGUCAUGGCUCUCGUCGCAUCGUCUUCAGCCAACCCGGUGACCCUAAAUGCUGAAAUAACGCCAGCGAUGGCGAGUCUAGCGACGAGUCUUAGAGUGCCCGCGACGUUCGGCUGGGUGACAUCGCGGCAAUGCAACUCCGCGACCGGAUGGCUAGGAGUCACGUGCGACGCUGACGGGCACCCUAUUUCCAUAUCGUUCAACAAGCCCACGUGGACCGGCGGGUCUCUCCACACGUCCGUCGGCACCCUUAGCCGCCUGCAAUCCUUGUUGCUCAACAACCUGGACAUGACUGGCACCAUCCCUACUGAAGUCGGCCGCCUGGCGACCCUCACCGCGCUCGCGUUAAACGGACUCGCCCUUUCGGGACCCAUCCCCGAUAGUAUCAGCUCUCUUACCAACCUCGCGCUCCUGUCCAUCUCCGGCGGGUCCUUAAACGGGCAGAUCCCCGCAUCCCUCGCGCAGCUGUCGCGCCUGCAGCAGCUGAGCAUCGGCUCCGCCGCGGCGUUCAACCGCUUCUCCGCCGUCAGUGGCGGCAUCCCUGAGGCGCUCUGCGACAUCGCGCCGCUCGAGUACCUCAACCUGGGCUUUAACCGGCUGCAGGGCUCGCUGCCUCUCUGCCUCAGCCAGCUCACCAACCUCUUCUACCUAGCCGCGCCGAGCAACACCCUCUCCGACGUCAUCCCACCUGAGAUCGCUGCCCUCCCGCACCUCUUCGAAGUUGAUCUGUCCAACAACCUCCUCACAGGCCCCCUCCCCGACUUCUCCUCCGAGCUCGACUCCCUCACUCUCUCCAAGAACCUUCUCUCCGGCCCCCUCCCCUCCUCCCUCCCGCCCCUCCUCACCUCCCUCGCGCUCAACACCAACUAUUUCACCGGCAACCUCCCGCUCUUCUUCCCCCUAAACCUCACUUACCUCGACCUCUCCGACAACUAUUUCACCGGAGUAGCCAACGUGUUUGUCGGCAGCAGCCUGUUCUACGCAUUCCCAGUGAAAUGCGUCGAUCUGGGUGCAUCCCUGUCCAAGAACUGCUUCUCGGAAUCGUCCAAGUGCACUGCACCUGAGGUGCAGCGCAACGCCACGCAGUGCAAGAGCGCAUGCGGCACGGUCGUUUGGGAUCGGCUGGUCCGGGGGAAGAGCCAGUGCCAGGGGUACGGCACUUGCUACCCCUCGAUCCCCACCACCACCACUACUGUCGCCACCUCUCUUCUUCUUUCCUCCCCUUCCACUUCCACUGUGAAACGCCCGAGGCUCGCUCCUGGGUCCCUCCCCCCCUCCUGGUCCUGCGCGUGUGACACUAACGCUGUGAUUGUACCGAAUAGAGUUGACGCGUGUACGUGCAAGCAGAAGCGAUCCUGGCCGUGCGUUGCCCCGGGGCGGGUCAACGGCGGCUGCCCGAAAUUCGCCCGCUGCUACCCGUAUUACUACUCCUGCCGCGGCGUCGGGUGCUUCUGCCUCAGCGGGUACACACCCACUUAUAAUGCCCGGAAAGAGGUAGUCCUGUGUACACCCAAGACUGACGCCGCCGCCAGCCGAACCACCACGAAAAGCACCUCGUUGAGUGCGCACGCAGCCUCGGUGGCGGAGCAGCUAGGCUCGGUGAGAGGCGGGGGGAUGCUAGGGUUGGUGUCUGGUCCGGCGCGAAUGGGCCUGGAGGUGGCAGGGGCGGUGAGGGAGGGGGUGGAGAUGCUUCAGGGGAGGACGGAGGAGGAAGAGGAGGCUGGAGCGAGGAGUGUGAGAGGGCCGGCUAGGAUCGACUUGGAAGUUGAGUUUGAGACGGCGGAAGAAGCAGAGUUAAUGCAAGAUCAGGAGGAAGCGAGGGAGGAGAGGGAGCAACAGCGGCAAGAGGGGGUGGGGGAGGAGCAGAGAAGAGGCGGCAGUGGUGAAGUGCUUCACUCGCUCGUGUCUUUCUUGGGGUCUUAGGGUGGUCCUACGUUAUGGUGAUUUGCCUUGGGGGUCAUAAACUGCUUGCUUCUCAGCUCGAGACUCGAUAGUCGCCGUGUAUGCCUUGGGGUUGGGGAGCAUGCAUUGCUUCCUCGUGGUGGUGGUGCCUUUGCUAUGUGUGUGACAGGCGAGCCGGGUGCUGCUAACUGUGUGGUGGGGCUUUAGUGGUUGCUUACAGGCUAGCUUUUAGACGCACAGCCCUUGAACUAAGGGCAACCUUCUGUGAUUGACGGGGUUGGUUUGUUACUAUGGGGUAUGAAUUGUAAGGGUACUUCUAUUUAAUUCCAUUCUUUUGUAUGAGCCAGUGC